GGUAGCAGGGGCCUCAGCAGGGCUGCAGGUGCAGAUGCCUUUUAUUUUUCCGUUAAGGAGGGUGGAGGUGGUGGGGAAGGAGAGGGAGAGAGUGCUGGAUUCCCACUCAGAGACUCAUCUUGCACAGGGAACUGCAAUGGAUGCUGGGUAGGAGAUGGUACUGGGACCAUUUCUUCAUGAGGGGGAUAAAUGUCCCUGUCAUUAAUUGUUAGGAUUGUAGCCAGUUGUUACUCGUUGUUAGUUGUUAUUGCUAUAGGUAAUGAAUUUAGGAGGAACUCUCAGCUACUUGGGGCCGGACCUCCGAAUGGAAAGCCACCUCAGUCCAGGCCUUCAUUCGGGAAUUUUUUUCACUUUUUUUUUUCUUUUUUAAGACAGAGUUUCACUUUGUUGCCCAGGCUGGAGUGCAGUGGCACUGUCUCAGCUCACUGCAACCUCCGCCUCCUGGGUUCAAGCGAUUCUCCUGCCUCAGUCUCCUGAGUAGCUGGGAUUACAGGCACACGCCACCAAAUUUUUGUAUUUUUAGUGGAGACGGGGUUUCACCAUGUUGGUCAAGCUGGUCUCAAACUCCUGACCUUGUGAUCCGCCUGCCUCAGCCUCCCAAAGUGUUGGGAUUAUAGGCGUGAGACACGGCACCUGGCUUCACUGUUCUUUUGAGAUCAUGGAAUAGGUGCCUGGAAGGGAAUAGGUGGAACAAUUCUGAGGACAGGCCAGCACAUUUUCAGGGGCCAGAGGCUGGACUGAAUGUCUAGGAUCUCAGGCCCCUGUAUCCCUCAGCUAGUCAGUCAGUGAGCCAGCAAAAAUGUGCAGAGCUCCCAUUAUGUGCCAGGCAUAAGAUACAGCAGUGAGCAAGACAGGCAUGACUCUGUUCCCAGGUAAGUGACAGUCUAACUGCAGCAGUGUGAAGAGUUUCAGAUCCUCGUAGGCCACAGGGGAAAAACGUCCAUUUGUCUCCCCGGGAGGCUCAAUAUUGCCUGUGAGUCAAUUAUAUUAUUAUUAAUAACUACCCCUUAUUGAGCACAUAUGAUGUGUGAGGCACCAUGCAAACAUCUUGUUUGAAUCCUUAUAAUGGUGCUAAUGGAAUAAGACUGAAAAAUUUCAUGGCUGGCCCGGGCCCCACAGGUAGGCAGUAUUGGACCCAGGAUUCAAAUCUCUGGCUGGGGUCCCUAAAGCCCAGCCUCCCACUGAGAAGAAGCUGCUAGAGCUGGUGUCCCUGGCUGCCUAGUGAAGGGUCCUGAGAAAGAUCAACCUCCACGAGAAGUAUAGCUGCUACGGCUUGCCCUAUGGGGCCGACGGCUUCUCUCAAGGGACUUCAAGAUGCGGCGGUUUUUAGGUGUGAGCCCCUUCGAGAUACCUGUAGAGGAACUUGAGGACAAAGUGUUUGUGAGAUGCAAUACCAGUAUCACAUGGGUAGAGGGAACGGUGGGAACACUGCUCACAAAUAAUACAAGACUGGACCUGGGAAAACGCAUCCUGGACCCACGAGGAAUAUAUAGGUGUAAUGGGACAGAUACAUACAAGGACAAAGAAUCUACUGUGCAAGUUCAUUAUCGAAUGUGCCAGAACUGUGUGGAGCUGGAUCCAGCCACCCUGGCUGGCAUCAUUGUCACUGAUGUCAUUGCCACUCUGCUCCUUGCUUUGGGAGUCUUCUGCUUUGCUGAACAUGAGACUGGAAGGCUCUCUGGGGCUGCCGACACACAAGCUCUGUUGAGGAAUGACCAGGUCUAUCAGCCCCUCCGAGAUCGAGAUGAUGCUCAGUACAGCCACCUUGGAGGAAACUGGGCUCGGAACAAGUGAACCUGAGACUGGUGGCUUCUAGAAGCAUCCAUUACCAACUGUACCUUCCCUUCUUGCUCAGCCAAUAAAUAUAUCCUCUUUCACUCAG